AGAAUGCGGCGGCGUCAGUGUUCCGCGGACGAUCAACGAGUGCGGUUCGUCUAUUUGUUCGUGAGUCGCGCUGUGACGUAUCGGGUCUUGUCUAUCCGUCAAUGAUCACGUAACCCGCGUAACCACGCGAGCGAUCAAUGUUUACUGUUCAUCCGGAGGUCGAUCGAGGCUGUUCGUCGGUCGAAUCACCCUUCGCCGAAGGUUGCACGUCCUCCGGUAAUCGCUGAUCGCGUCGCGUUUUAGCAAUGAUCGGUGCACGCAGCCGAGCGGUCCUCGAGAGAUGCGAUCGUUGACGCGUGGAGGAAGCGAAUUUACCCGCGAUCAGCGAUUUUGCGCCGUCGGCCACGAGUUCGUCGAUCGAAUCGCGGCGGGCAAAGCGAGACGGCGUGGCGUCUCCAUCGACGAGCAGCGUAGUUAGUCUCGCGUACGAACUUAAACGCGGGUGAGUGGUACCAAGAGAGAGGGGGAGAGAGAUUGGCGAGAUAGGCGGGAUAUGAGCGCGAGAGAAGUCACCCUCAUCGGCGGCUCCCCUUGGGGAUUCCGUAUGCAUGGUGGACAUGACCUGAAUCAACCUCUACGCAUCUCUAGGGUUAAUCCAGGCAGUAAAGCGGCUCAGCAGGGGGUGAGGGAGGGUGAUUUAAUUAGCAGCAUAAAUGGAAGAAGUACCAGAGAUUUAACGAACAGCGAGGCGCAUGCACUCUUACGAAACUCCGGGGAACAAUUGAAGCUCGGCUUGAAUCAGGAAAAUAUCAGCUCUCCGAAAAGACGAAUUUAUAGAAGCAGUUUGCAGGAAAACACAACCACCGAAAUUCUUAGCAAGACAACGACAACGAAAACUAGCAGCACAUCAAAUACCCGCGUUAUAACGACAGAUUCGAAGAAGAGCGACACAAAUGACACAAAACCUGAUCAGAGCUACGCUAAUCAAAACGGUGGUCCGAAGAGUUCCUUGAUCCAGCAGCGGGACGAGACUAAAAAGAGAUCUUGCGAAUCUUUGGAGUACGCGACAGAUACAGAAGAGAUUAGUAUGCCGCACGGUGCGCGGAACCGCAGAAGUCGGAAGGGUCGAAAUCGAAGGCGCUUUCAACGGCCGCCGACCCCGGAGAGGGCUGCGAGGGACGACGAUGGCGUCGCAAGAAACCCUGAGACCAUCGAGGAACUCGACGAGACUCUCGACGAGCCUUCGACCAGCAAGACGAACGACUCAGCGACGGAGAAUCCCGUACGCAGUGACGAAACUUCAGAAGAAAUUACUCAAAAUGAACUCGACCCGAACACGAAGAAAAAUGUGGGCAACGAAACUAUACCACGGGAAAGUAUAUCACAAUCUUGUUCGUAUAUCAAGGAAGAGAGGUGUAGGAUCAAGAAAGGCACGGUGGAGCCCAGUAUAAAGGUCCUGGAGAUCACUACUAUUAGUAGCCUGCCGUUAGAGGCUGAAAUUGAUCACAUCCCGGGAGUCGGUAUCCUGGAGACGGGCUGCAGGGACAAAACACCAGAGAACGAGGGGAUCGUGACGAUUUCCGAACCCAUGGAAUUGCUUGCUUCAUCCGUGAAGGAAUAUCAACAACAAACCGAAGUGGGAACUUUGACUGGGAGCAACGAGAGACUGCAAAUACGCGAUGUCAGCGACAGUGAAUUGUUCGAAACUGACAAAACCGCGAGACCGGUGAUCGUCGAGAUGGAAUCGGACUCAGAAGCGGUAACGGAUCGAUUAGAAUCGGAUUCUGAUACAGAAAUUGAUACGUCCAAGCGUUCUUCGGAGACGAGACACGUUUGGGACACGGUGAUGCCGCGCGAGAUGGAGAACAAACUGCGUAGUUUUAUCGAGGGUUUAAAAUUACCGAGCUACGCGGAGGAACAGCGUGGAUCGACGGACCAAAGAAACAGUACGUCGUACAAGAAGGUGAGAAAACGUGCGGCGUAUGAAGCAACGACGAGCUACGCGCACACGCAAGCGGCCAACCGGUUGUUGGACAUCAUUCAAGAGGAGGGCGAGAAGCUAUCCGAAGACGAAGAACAGCACAUCAGGGAUUUCAUUAACGAGGAGAUCGGCAAGUAUCGGAGGGACGAACGUUCACGUUCCAAUCGCGGGAACUCGAUGGAGGCAGCGAGGGAAAUAAGUGCUGCGACUCACGAGGUGACGAUAAAUGUGAUUAACGUGGAUGAAGAAACGGAGCAAACGGUUUUGUCGACAGGCGAGGCUCAACGAAGCAUGGAAUCGGAAAUAGUGGAAACGAAACAAGUUUUGGACUCGAGCAGUGAAGAUGACACUGUGCCGAAGAUAGAUUUAAGAGAAGAAGAAUUAAAAUUGGAGAAAUGUGAAGUUGAAAUAAAACCAGAGGAGAAAAGUACGGAGGCUAAUAUUGACAAAGAAUGUAGACAAGAUAACGUGAAACAGGAACAGUCAGAGGGAGAUAUGGAAGCAAAUGAAUUAAAGUUAAUGAAAAGUGAUAUUGGAAAAGAAACGAAAGAGGAGAAUACAGAUACUAAUACCAAAGAUGAACGUGAACAAAGCGAUACUUCGAAACGAAAAGAAUCAGAGGAGCAUAUAAAUACUAUUGACACAAAUAGUGGGGUGACAUUUCAAGAUACACACACUGGAGCAUUAGUAGCAAAUAACGAUGCCGUAAAUAUAGACGAAUCAGUGAGAAAUGAAGAUAUAGAGAAAGCGAUGAGUGCGUCAACAGAGGAAAGGACUGAUAAACUUGUAAGUAACAUCGAAGAUGAGAAAACAGAGGAUCAGACAUCUGAUGAAGACGUGGCAGAUGACGAAGAAAAGAAAAUCUCGGAAACCUCUAAUGCAGAAUCAAAAGAAUCAAACAGUCAAUUAAACACAAGUAAUAACAAUUUAGAGAACGUAAUAACCAAAGACUCUAUUGAAUUCUCCGAGAAGUCUGAACAAUCGUCGACCGGAGAAAAUGAAAUAGAGUCGACAGACGUUCACCAAUCACCCAUAGGAAAUGCACAAAGGGAAGGCGAAGGUUCAUCUACGAAAUCUUGUUCCACAGAGGAUGGGACAAAAAUCCAAUCUGGAGUUAACAAUGUUACAUCGUCAAAGGGGAAACCUCGUCCCCCAACACCGCCAAGGAGAUCGUCCAGCCUUUCAGACGAUUUUCACGAGAAAGCGUGCGUCUAUUCCCGCGUCUACGACUAUCACCCGUCAACCCCGCCGUUUCGUCGAAAAGGGGAAAUGCAAGAUCCUGAAAGUCCUCCGAGUCGUCCACCGCUUCCAAGAGAAACUUUCGAGGUAUUCGAAGAACGAUCAGAAGAAGACGCGUCUCGGAGUAAGAACAUCGACAUUCUAAGAACUUUAUUAACGAUAAUAACGCGCGGUGACGCGACCGUCGAAAAUAUUCGCGACGCACUAAGUAAAGUGGACAGGCUAUCUCUACCCGAAAACGUUCGCGGCAUUCUCGAUGAUCUAAGGGCCCGCCGGGGCAAGCGAGUCCGUUUCGAAGAUGACAACAUUGCCGAAUUGCGCAAUUAUGUUGAGAACGGCGUCGAUCUUGGCAUGGGAGCUGGCUCGGAAAUAACGCGUGACCGUGGGGGUCGAAAGCCACGCGAAAAGUCAACGCCAAUGAAAACUGAUUCACCGGUAGAGAGGAUAAUAAAAGUGGUCGUGGAGUCCACCAAUGAACCGAUUAAAACGAAAUUGCCUGAUGAAUCUAGGAAAAGAAAGCAAGAGACGAAGAAAGAGAAGAAAUCUGCGGGAGAUGAACUGGGAUCGAAACAGAUGCACUCGCGACAUCAGAAGAAAAUUACUAAGAGCGAAACGUCGAGUAUGAAGAAAGUAGAGACGCAGGAGAAAACAUCGGGCACGUGUGAUUUCAAAACGCAUAGCAAAAGGGUCGAGACAUCGAAAGACACGAGGGAAUUGACGACGAGCGAGGAGGAAUUCGAAGAGAUAUACAAGUGUUCCAGUUCGCGGGACAACCACGCGUACUCUUACGAGAUUACCAUAGACGAUGGUCGAACGAAAGAACGUGACAGCCCUUCCGGGAUAUUCGAAUCGUUAUUAAACGUCGAGCGUUCUGCGGAUAAAGAAAUGCCCGAGGCGGGCGACUAUCAGGGCCAGGACUCGUCUAGCAGCGGGACUACUCUGAGCACGGUGAAAUAUAAUCCGAUGGAAGCGUGGCAGGCGGAUAUUUACUCGAUAAUAGCGGAAGAGGCAAGGAAGAGCAGACUUAGGCGGCAGUCGAAGAGAGAAAUCGAAUCGUCGAGCUUGAAAAGCCGGCUUCCUCUCCUGAAAGGGGACGAAUCGUUGCGCGACGAUGUAAACGGGUGCGAGGUUCCGGUGACGCCGGAACCUAUACCCUAUUCGCCCGUCGAGGACUUGUACUAUGUGCCGGCAGAGAGCGGCGCGAGUUACGCGAGAAGUCCCACGGAUAAAGGUGAGACCGGACCGGUGCCGCUGAAGGAUCUAUGCAUAAAGAGAAUCUUGUCGAUGCCGUACGGGCUUCACGUGAUUAACGAGAUAACGGUGCCUAAAUUUAACAUCUUCGAGCGACUGCGUUCCAUACCGAAGUUCGCUAACAAUGUAACGAGCGGCGAGAUUAUAGGCGUACCAUUAAACUUGCAUGGCGUGAGCGAACGGCAGACUGAAACGGCUAGACUAACGACAGCUUCGCCAGGAUCAAAGCGUCCUGACCGCCGCGAAACCACUGUUUCAGACCAAAAUAAGCGAUUAGCGCAGAAGGAACGAUCCGCGGACGGCAAUUUUCAAAUCGAAGCGUCAAACUCGUGGCAGACGACUAUGCCUAAGGGUAGUUCGGAAGCGUGGGUGGGCCUGUCCACUGCGAAGGAUCCCAGGUUGCUCGUGUGUCUGUCGCCAUCGCAGCAGAAAACCGUGAUAAAAACGAGCGCGGACAAUCUGCUGGAUCUUCACAAGAAGUUCCUCAACAGGCACAGCUACUUCGACGAGGAACCACCGCCACGGAUCUCUGUUCCCAAAUACAGAGUAGAAUUGCUGCCCACGACUGAACCCGAGAGUAAGCGCGAAUCGAAAAUCGACGUCAGAAAGUCGACUAAUCGGUUGUUGGAGAUUAUCAAAGAGAAUUCUAAUAGCGGUAAAAGCAGCACAUCGAGGCCUUCAAAAGUGGCGUUCGAGGAAACGAUGAGCCACUCUGAAGACUCGCGAUCCUCGCGAACGAACAAGACCGCCCCGUUUGACAAGGGUCAGGAUCGUCUCAAGGCCACUCGUCUUUGCGACUGGUUGAGUUUAGCGAGACGCGCGCCCGACGACGCGGCGCGGCACGCGACACCGUCGCUCUCCGAUGAUUUAUUAAUAGAACCAUCGAGUGAGAGAGAAAAGUUCGAUAAGAGGAUUCGUUCGAACGUCGCGAGAGAGCCAGCGGACGUAGAACACAGUAAACGGUCAACACCGAGCCACUUUAUCAACACCGCUUUGAUCGCCAGUUCGCCUGAAAGGGCCGAUUCGGCACUGAGAAGUUCGACGCCGUUCAGCAAGAGUCCGAUAACAUUCAAUAGCGCGAUUAUCGACAAAUCGGUGGACACUUGCCCGGCCGGGAAACGGACGCCGCCUCGAAGGACGAUCGAUCCGCGUUACAACGUGAAUCCGGCGUUGAUCGACGACCGAGUCGAGCCAAAGCCGCAGCAGCGAGCGAAGAGGCGCGUCGUGAACGUCGACAGGUCGUGCAUCGACACGACCAGCAUAUUCGAUCAGAAUCCACCUAGGAGCCACCUGGAGCCGCGCCGUUACAAGAACACGGACGAGCUGAAGCACGCAACGGCGUCCGGGAUCAUGCAGAAUCUGAAGAAGCUUCAGGCCGAGAGUCAAUUGCUGGAAGCCGACCGGCGAGAGUGCACCGUACCGGAGGAGUACUUCGCGCAACAGCUCAAGUACAUCGAGCUGCUGGAGAAUCAGCUGAAGAACGUGAUACUAGCCGAGGAGGAGGAGCGCGAAGCGUUCGAGGAAUUUCUCACACACGCGAAGCAACGGCCGAGCGAGAAACGGGUCACUGAAGUCGAGCCGAAACCGACGUUCAACGAGCCCUCCGAUCGACCGCGUACGUUGCUAAAAACUAAAGAAAGUGUUCCGGGUGUCUCUGGAGAUGAUGACUCCCGGGUUGAGAGCCAGAGCUGGGAGGAGAAGUCCGCGAACGUGGAGAAAAAUCACUCGGAGACGGUCAAUAAACACGGUCACAGGGAUUUCGUGAAGAAGGUGCAUCGCGAGAAUGGAUUCCAUGAGGAGGAAUCGUGCGAGAAGAUAGAGCGCGUGGAAAGGCGAUCCGUGAUCACUAAGAAAGGGGAUGACGGUCUUCUCCAAACGAAAGAUGCUUUAUCUAGUGAAGUAACUGAUGAAAAGAGCUGUGAAAAGACUACGGAGAAGGAUAAAACGAAGAAUUUGUCCAAGGAAAAUACGUCGCCUUGCGAGUCGGAUCUAUGGAAGACCGGCCAGACCGAGACACCGUACGCGUCCGUCGCAGUGAACGGCGAAGCGUUUCGCCGACGAAUGUACGACGAGUACGUGCACAAGGUUCUCGAACGGGAAGAACGGAAACACCAGAAAGUGGUAAAAAUCAGUUCGCACGAAGAUAUAAAGACGGAUAAGAAGAGAAGCGAUAUGAGCGCGGUCGAGAAGGAGUUCAUCGAGAAAGCUAGGAACAGAUUGAACAAGUUUGGUAUCAAAUUGGACGAGAGCGAGACGGAGAGCGACGGGAAGGAUAACAAGAGAAGCGAACGGAACGAGGAAGAGAAUAUCGUGAAGGCGAAGUGUUUAAUCGACGGGAAAGAGUUCCAAGAUGCGAGAGAAUUGCCGAAGCAUCUGCAAGAAUUCCUCAAAAUGUCCACCGCCGAUGACGACGACGGCUGCGGUUAUGAUUUUACUACGAAGGAUAAUGACUACGAGAGCGAUCUCCUUCACGAGAUUGACAGUGCUUUGAAAUACGGCAAGGGAUUUCUGAUUGGUAAAGAGAACGUUAUGUUCGCUCCCACGUUUAAAGCGUCUUCCGCAACACCAGGCGUUUGGUCACCCGGAAGCGAGCCACCGCCACCCCCGAAAGAGCCAAGCCCCGAGCGAAAGGACAAGGAAAAGGAUGGUGGGAUACCGCCUGUUUGGACGCCUUCCAGUGCUGGAGCCAGCCCAGUUCUCGAGAAAAAGGAAUUUCGACCGGUGCAAUUCGAAAGCCCCGUUCUGAGCCGAAAAAAGAUAGCACAGCAAGAAGCUACACAGGACGCGCCACCGCCUUGGGAAUCCGCAGAGGGGAAGAAGGAAAUAUCGCGAAGUAGUUAUGAGAGCAGCAGUUCGCGAAUUGUCAAUUCCCACUCGGCACCGUCUCAAGGAUUAAGUUCAUUAACUUCAACGCCUCGUCUGCCGCGUGCUCAGAAUCCGACUAUAACACUCCUGCAGAAAGCAAGAGAAGGACAGUUACCAAAAGGAGCAGCCUAUCUCGAGGAAAACGAAACUCUGAAACGUCCACCGAACGACGACAAGCCAAUAAUCAGUCCAGGCGAAAUUAUAUACACCGUGAAGAAAGAGUACGAGAGCGAGCCGGAAACAGAAAAUGAACCGCCGAAGAAGAUGGCCGAUUUGGGUCCUCGAAAAUUUGAGGGUAUCGGUCCAACGACUAAGGAGGGUAUCCCUCUUGUUUUGAGAUCGGAAGUCAAGGAGAAUAAUCAAACAAAAUGGUAUAAGAGAAUGUACGACUCGUUGCAUCGUGCAGACAGAAGCGAUGACUACGUAACCAUUCGUUACAAACAAAAAAGAGGUACAAGGUACGGUUACGGAAGCGGUGGCAGUGGAUAUCUCAGCGAGCCGGACCAUCGUUUGUACUCGGAUCGUUCCGCCACGUUCGAUAGCCGCCGUCGUCUACGUAACAAGGAAAAUGAUUUUUCCACGUCGACUAUGCCCAGAAAAAAUGGGACUCUGAGAUACACUCCGGACGUCUAUAAAAAUCAGCCUGGCCGCAUCGAGGACUACGAGCCUGGUCGAUCGUCGAUUGCCGAAAAAGAAGCUAAAGAGUGGUGGGACGAGGUCAUGGAUAUAUUUGACGGGUGGUUGAACGAGAACGGACACCCGCAGGGGACGGCGGGCAUGGAGGAUCUUCGAGACGCUCAGCUAAGCCACCGAGCUCUGAGCCUCUCCUAUCGACCGGAGAGAACUCGCAAUCCGUUCGACCAGCGCAGCAGUCGUUCAGUGAAACCGUACAUGUCACACGCGCUCAAAGAAUCUGGAUACGAAAGCGAUUCGACGCUGGUGUUCCGUCGCAAGGAAGACAUCAGCCCUUUGAGCGAGUUCGAGCAAAGGUUGGCCUACAAAACCGUGCAGAGCGGUGGCGACGUACCCCUUCAUGGCCUCCGUAAACCAGCCCCGGAACGACCGAAGGACGAGUCGCCGACGACAGUCAAGCAUAUUUUGACGCAGAAAAACGCCGGCGGAUCGCGACAGAAACGAUCGUCGACCGACAGUCAGAGUAAGAAAAUGGAAGUCGCGAAAUCGAAAUCCCCCAGAGACAUUAAUUUCAACCACCGUCCGCACAGCAGAACGAUUUCCACCGCGAAGCCUCCGUCCCCGCCUCGCAGGCAGUCUUCCAAGAACAGUAAAACGCUGAAGCUGUACGCGUCGAGACGCGAAGCCGCGGAGAACGGACAGUCCAAAUCUAGGCACGAACAGUGUUUCGCCGACGACGCAUCUAACGUCCACUCGCUUAGGGAACGGUUAUGCUGCAAUCUGGACAGGCACAGGAAGAGCCGCGAAGCUUUGACCACAAUCUCGCCCCGACCAAAAGUUUCCUCCGCGGUGUCUGUUGCCAGCAAGAAAAAAUUGGAGCCGCGUAGUUCGCGCGACGCAGCUGUGAGCAAAAGUUACGGCGCAUGCGACAAGGGAACUGCGGUUCGCACGACUUCCUGGAGGACAGGCUAUGAGGAAUGUUUGAUCAAGUCUCCCGCGAAGCGAGAAGCAAACGUUAAACCUUCUUCGAUAGUAAAGGCUACGAGUACGAAGUACCUGGCUCCUAGUUUGAUAAAAUCGAAGGAGAAGUUGCAAGCGGGAAACGGAAUUUGUCAUUCAGUGUCCUCUCUGAAGAGGACGAAUGCUAAAGGGCGAUUGACGAAGAAGGAACAGGAGGAGUCCUGCAGGAGACUCGCUAGAUCAUCUUUUGAAUUAUCUUCCAUAGGAAAUAAGAAAGAAAUAAAAAGAACGACGACACGAGUCGGGUCGGGAAUAGAGAAAAAGUCGAACCUGAUAUGUUCUUUGAAUAAUGGGAAACAAAAGAAACUACAGGAGAAAUCUUUAAAGGUGCCAAUGUCUGAGGAACUGAAAAUCUUAGGUAGACCGGUAGAUUCGAUUUUGGCAAUAAAAUCGACAGCGUCUUCCUUCAAAUCCUCGUCGGCUACGUCUUCCCCCUUAGUUUUACGCAAGUCUGUAUUAACGGACUCUAAGAAACCGAAGAUUAUAGUCAGGCAGCCUGAGAGAAUCUACUCCAGUAGAGAAUUCACGUCGUCUUCAGAAGCAAUUAGCGAGUCGAGCAAAAGGAAAAGACAGAGACCUCAAACUAUUGUCAAAUCUCCUGUACGGAAGCCGGAAACCAUAACAGUUAAUCCUGAGUCGAACAAAAAGAAAUUCGAAACUAAGAAGCAGUUGAAGAAAGACAAAAAUAUAUCUGAAAUGAGACGAUUGACCAAUGGGCAAAUGACACGGUCCGAUAAGAGGAGUAAUAUUGAAAACGAGGAACCCAACGUUAGACAGAAAACUGCUAAUUCGGACAAACAAUCCAAAUCGGAGUUGACCAUUGAACAAAUUAAGAGGCACCAUGAAACAACGCGUUCGGACACGUUCUUCCAAAAUCUCUUUCUGAGAUCCAUGUCCUCGAGUGUCUCCAGCGAGAACGUCCCUUCGAGGAAGUCUCUGAUCAGCGAGCGAACCAGAAUGUACCAAGAGAACAUAAGAGAGAGCAGUAGAUCGGAACCGUCUCUGAAAUCGCUCAGCAUCUACCUAGCGAGUAAGCGACCAGUGUCGAACUCGAGAUUCAAAAAUUGGGAACGGGAGAGCGUCUCAUCUAGAAGUAGCAGCCCUUACGGCCGCGUCACUUGGCCAGGGAGGUCCGUAUUCCAAAAAGUCAGCAAAUUCGACAGUCUUUUGGGCAUCGAGGACUUUGGAUCGUCGACCACUUUACGAGAUCGUAGUCCGGAUUCUAUGAAAAUUCGCCCGAAGGAGAGAAGCUCCAGCGAGCCGCCUCUUAAAACUUUGUCCGAGUGUUCGGACUCUAUGCAUUCGUCGUCGCGUACUUCUUCCCCAUCGCCCGUCAGGUCACCGGCUUGCCGACGCAUUCGUAGUUUGAGACAGGAGAAGUCGGAUUCACCCCGCGCAAUAGUGAGAAAGAUCAGAGCUAGAAGCGCUGGCCAAGCUGAAGGAUUGCACGGUAUCAGAUCGAAGUUCGAGUCGAUCUCGUCAUUAACAAGAAGCACGAAUUCCUUGUGUGCGUGGCCAGCCAACCGCGAGGAGUAUCAUCGCUACGUGUUGGAAAAGAUACACGACAGGAAGAGAUCGGACAGGUACAAAGAGUUAUACGAUUUCUAUUCGAGUCUGGAGAGAUUGGGCGAAUUAGAAAGAACGUUCUCUUCGAGCGACUUGCGACCGAGAUUAAAGAACGAAGAGAUCAUCGAUUACGAGAGAUGGAAACGAGUGAGGCUGCAGGAGAAGGCCGAGCAGGAGUUCAACGCGCUGUAUGGGAAGCUGAGGGCGGUGCAGAAAGAUAAGGAUUUUCUGUUCAGCACGAAGGAUAUCAGCAAAUUCAAGUGGCACGGCGAUUGCGGCUUGAGGUGCAAAGAGCGCUCCGUGGAGAACAUUAUUCGACACUUUAAGAAGCUGCAGACCGAGGAGAGCGAGCUGGAAUCGUCUAGGAGGAGGGAAAUAUCGUCGAGGAAGGAUACGUAUAAACCGCUUUGGCGGGGCGCGUCCGUGAUAAACGUCGCGACCACGAUGCAGAAGAGGGCGAGUGAUACUACUGAGAAGGAGAGGCUGGAUCAAUGGGAUCAUCCUUCGUUGCAAAGGAACCUUGGCGGCAGCAAAAAAUUCUGGAGCAGCUUGUCUAUAGAGCAAGUGGCCACUUUGAAGAAACAGUUGAACGAGAUUUACGGUAGUGACAAUUUACAAAGAUCCACCAUCGCCUCAAAACAAAAUACGGAAAUCACCGAUGGUCCAUUACGAAGGGUAACAGAGACAGGCCAACGUGAUAAUUUGACGAAAUAUGAAAUCGUAGUUCCGCCUGAAACCGAUUCGACCAGUGGCACUCGAGACGAUGGGAAAGGGCUUCAUGUAAGGUGUCAUUCAAUGAUCUCAUCGGUGGCGACUGGAGGGGAGGGAAAAUCGUUUAACGAUCGUUCGGAAUCACCGUUGAAAAGGAGCGACUCGAUCAGUCGAGGAAAAACCGAAUCGGUUAAAAAACCGAUACCAUUAUCGAUGAGUGAACUAGAGAAGAAGAGGCUUUCUGUUACCCUUGGAAAAGAAGUUUUGGAUAAGGUAUCGCGGAGGAGGCUAUCGAUGCCACUCACUCCUCGCGAAACACGUGGUAGUAUCGCAGCAGCACUCGCAGCGAAGAAAAUCCCGAAAGUUACUCGGUCCUCGACUGCUCCCGACGUAACGAGUGCUUCGCCUAUAGCUUCUUCCGUAGAAGCACCGUGUGAGAGUAUGUCGAAGAGCAACGAGAGAAGCGAUUUUUUGUUGGUUCUAACGCCAGAGAGCAACAGUCCGAAUGACAGACAGCGUGUAGAGACCGUUUUGGAGAAAUGGUCGAAGAAACCACCGCUUCUGGCAAUCGCAGUGCCAGACGCAAGUAUCCAAUCUAAGACUACAGCUAUUAAUUCAAGCAGCGAAAAGGACAGCACGACGGAAAGUUCUGAAACGUCCGUGAAAACUGUUAUUCAACGAACCAUGGAGUCUCGGGAUGUCCCAACAAAAAUCGAGUUCUUCGAGAAGAUAAAAAAUGAAGACCGAAAAGAAGAUAAAAUGCAGACUAAACCGAAAGAAGAAACAGAUCGAAAGAGAUUGAAAUCCGUUCGACUAUCGUCUGCGCAGAGCUUCGCUGACCUAAGGGAAUUGUUCGGCGAAACGAGGUUCGCAAAGUACGCGACUGUGCCUUUGUCAGGGUGCAGGACACGGUCGAGUUCGCCGGUGCGAGGCGCGGCUGGUAGCAGCCGGAAGGAAAGCAGCCCCGGUCGCGAACCGGAAACUGGCACGCGACACUCUUUUCACUAUUGGUGUUCGCGCGACCGUGAACACGACAGACCGCGCAGCGUUAGUCCGUGUCGCGCAACUACUCGAUCGAGCUCAUCCUGCAGUCUGGACAGUGUAUGGCUGCGAAGCUCGUCGCCCGAUCCGGAGAGGUACUGGCGAGCUUACUUGAAGCUCGUGAAGAACGGCACGGUGAAGCGGCUCAGGGACAGGUUCGAAAGCGCGGAGGAUCUUCGCAGAGAAAAAGUUAAAGUGACGCCGAAAAGAUUCCGUAGCGACCCGGAAUUAACGCGGAGCUUAUUGAAGAAAGUGGAUGAGGGGAAACUAAAGCCUCACGAAUUUGCGGACGUGGCUUGGCUUCGGCGAAAAUACGAGCCUCGACGAGGUAGAGCUCGGCGCAGAGGAGGCUCGCCGCCGAUUCCGCGCGUUCCUCUCAGACGGGAGGACCUGUCCAUGCCGCACAUCGACGUAAUCAGCAAGACGGUAGAAUUAAAAGACGCGUCCGCUACCGCGCCAUCGACCGUGACAAAUGCAGUGGCCAGGAAAGCAGAGACCAAGGAGUUGGAAGCGAAGAAGCCAGUCGAGCGGAUGAGGAAGAAGUUUGAAAGUUUCGCCAGCCGGAAAACUUCGAUUCUGGGCGAGAUGUUCACCUCCUCGCCGGAUGUCCAUGAGUUAAGGGACAUUGCGCCUUAUCUGGCCGGCCAGUGGGUGGCGCACAGAUUCCCUAGCCGGCGCGAUAACAUGCGUUCGCUGUCGUCGCCGCCUGACCUCGGCGGAAGACAAUCCGCGACAAAAAAGGAUGAGAGUUCUGAUUUAAAGAAGAUCGGUGACGGGAAGAGAAUCAUGGGCAGAGUACGGGGCACGAGUUCGUCUAAGGGAUUGUCGUCGAUUUUGAAACAAUCGGAGAUUUUUGGCAAUCAACCGUUCGAUCCUGAUAAGCACAGGCCGAGGUUCAGGUAUCAGCCUCCUCCUCCACCGACUUCUCCGAUCGCGCGACGAAAAAAUACAUCUUGGUGGUCGCCGCUUCCGGUCUACACCGCUCGACCUACCGUCACGUUCGAAGAAUACUCGAACGCACCUCCGCCGCCACCAAAAUCUCAACACUACAGAGACGACUGCCAAGAAUCGCCGAGGCGUUAUGUGGAGGGUGAAGUGACGAUUCACUAUCGUUCGCCAGUGCGUACAGAGGCGAAGGAGCCAUUGAGCGAGGAAGAACUCGCUCGACGGAGCGCGGAGAAUAUGCGACGCGUUUAUCAAGAGGAACGUCGACGCAAAUAUCUCCAAGAGCUGCACGACAUCGAUUCACGUCGGCACACUGACAAUUUCAUACCGUCGCAGAAAUCUCCGAUCCCUCUGAACCGUUACGACGACUUCGUGGAUGAUCUGAGCCACAGGAGCAGGUCCCAGGAGCAAACGCCGGAACCUCGACUCGUGGCGCGAGCGCUCUAUAACUUUAUUGGCCAAUCUUCCCGUGAAUUGAGUUUCCGUCGUGGUGAUAUAAUAUUUGUGCGUCGCCAGGUAGACAAGAACUGGUACGAGGGUGAACAUAACGCUAUGAUCGGCCUCUUCCCAUCAAAUUACGUCGAGAUUUUGCCAUUCGAUGGCUUGCGAACGACACCAAAGAAACCCUACGAGGGCCAGGCACGAGCUAAGUUUAAUUUCAUCGCUCAGUCGAAUCUCGAGUUGUCUUUAGCUAAAGGAGAAUAUGUCGUUCUAACCAGAAGAGUUGACGAGAAUUGGUAUGAAGGACGUAUCGGGAACCGAAAGGGAAUAUUCCCCAUCUCUUACGUCGAGGUCAUCACGGAACCUGGACAUAGAUCAGAAACGCCAACGCAAAGCAAACCAGUCGCCGCUCCAGCCGCUCACAGUCUAUUAGCGAACGGAUCAGCUGGAGGGAAAAUGAGUAUGGGACCUCAUCACUAUAUGCCGUCCAUACCAGUCAACAUGAACACAACUCAGCCACAUUAUAAUUCACUGCCACGAAUUGGAGGGAGCAAAUUGCACGUGUCGCAACUUAAACAAGAGCUGCACAUCGACACGCAUUCUGAACCAAUGCCGUACCGAGCGCUGUACAAUUAUAGACCGCAGAACGAGGACGAGCUGGAACUGAAAGAAGGCGAUACGGUGUACGUGAUGGAAAAGUGCGAUGACGGGUGGUACGUCGGUUCCAGUCAGAGGACCGGUUACUUUGGUACUUUCCCCGGGAACUACGUCGAACGACUGUGAGGAACGACAGGCGUAUCUAAAGAAAAAGAACCGCAGAUUACGUUUUAAACACCAAAGCACUAAAGAGUCGAACCGUUAACUCUAUAAGAUAAAGUUAAACGAGUUUCACGUAUCGACGAUAAGGGCAACGAGUCGCUACCGUCUUCCUGUUUGUGUAUUUCAAUGGUAGUUAAACUAAGGCAUAACGAAAAUCGAAUCAUUUAUACAGCGAAAGAAUAUGCGACAAGCUUAUCGAAACGGGCCUUAUCGUCGGAUUAACCAAAAAACGAAGAAACCGAGGAAAAAUAAACGUAAGGCUACAUAAUGUGUACGUAGUGUAUGAUAACGUUUAGUAAUUUAUUGUCGACGAGGACAUCAGGCGGACGUCGUGAGAUAUCGAGGUAGAAAAAUAUACCCGUGCGUCGGAACGACGUAAGUUUUACAAGGGCAAAUUUAUCGUUCGUUUAAGAUGAAAUCGUUGUGAGAGGGCAAGAGAUCUGUCGAUUAUCUGGUUUCACCAGCAACGAACGAAGUUAUUCGUGUUAACCAUUUUAUCGAUCAAGCGACAAUUCUUGCAUAGAACAUGUCCUUCCGGCCACUCACAAAUAUAUCCGAACGCGAAUUGUAUUUAUAAUAUUUGAGUAUAAGAAAAAAAAGUGUGGAAUGAAAUUCUUCAUUUGAUCUGAACAGUAUAAAAGUACAUAUUCAAAUUGAAUAAUGAUCGACGAUAAUUGUCGCUUAAUCGGAAGCAUUCGGUGCUUCGAAGUUGUAACCGUACGAUUAGAAGAAAUCGUGCAACGCGGAAUACUGGGUUACUAGCACGCAGAAGAUUAAACCGUGAGAUUCUGUUGGACCCCUCUGUUACUUUCGGUUGGACGCCGUUUCCUGUAACACGUGACACAAACGAGACGACGAACGAGAAGAUGGAACGCAAUGCAAUGCAAGUAAGUAUGGCGAGAUCGUAAGUCCAUCGCGUACUUUUAAAACACGAACCAAAGAUACGAACGUCCGGGAAUUUUGUCUUGUUUCAACGUGUUCUCAUAGAAAAGCGUAAAUAUGUAACGUAUGCACGCACCGUGUGCUGCGUACAUGUUUCGUGAAGAUUGUUCCGAGUCGAGAGAAUUUUUCAGUAAAACGAGUCGACGAUUCGUCGACGGAGAACGUUGUUUUGAAUAAUUCGAGGAAGACGUUUCCUUCUGUGUUUUUGUAGAUACAGUAAAAACGAAAUCAGUGUUAUUGUUACAUUCGUGAGUAUCCAAGAGUAAGCGAUUUAUAAUUGAGAGUUUGCCUUCCCAAAUUAAUAUUUUUGUAAACAUUAUUUGUACCCAGAGUUAUAUAUAUAUAUACAUACGAAUGAAUUAUAUAAUGUA